AUGACGAGCGUGAUUGGCUACGAACAACUGAAAGUUCCAUAUUCUGCUUCAACUGGGGACUGCCACGAUACUUUGCUGGAAGACGUGAAAAUAGAGAGCCAAUCUGAAAUACAGAUGCAGCCAGAGCACACGAUGGAUACAGAUACUGCAGGUGGUGAUGGACCGCUGUGUCUUUCGACUUUCUUUCUCUAUCAAAACUUGAACAGCGAUGUGGAGCAGAUGGAGGAAGUUGCUUACCGUCCUAUUGUAUCGACAAAUUACUUUGACUGCAAUCCGCUUGAUGCGGCCUCAGCUUUUGGUCUUCGUAACAGAAUGAUGCGUAAAGAUUUUUCUUCGGGAUUGGAUGACCAUCUUGCGGCUAUGCCAAUUUGGAUAAUCGCAAAUGCAAAAGAUCAACUAGGAACAACAUUCGUAGGAUGCCAACGCACCAACAACAAAAUCUCCACUUUCCACACUAGAUGUUUGGGUCGAUUUGGAGAAAGCUGUGAAAGUACCAUUAAGAUGCUUGAUAAUCGUUUCAAACAUGGUCUCGAAGCAAAAAGCAAGGCGCUCGCCUUAUAUAGUAUCUUAGGAAACAAUGUCUCUUCCACAUGGGGACCACGAAGAUGCCUUUCUAAGAUGACUCUAACAUUCAAAUGGGAUGCAAAGGUCGAGGGCUACCUGUGUGCACCGCCUCCAUCGGCGUCUGCAGUGUUUCACUUUGCGCCUGGAUGGAAAGACAAACGUGUCGCUCUAUUGGAGGCUACGGAACAGCUCGAGUUUUUGCUAUUGAUGGCAAAUGUUCUGGAUUCUGGUUCCACGAUGGUGUGGCCUCCUGGGAACGAGGGUAAUGUAGAUGGUUUGCUCGAUGAAGUAAGGCAACUUAUAGCGCGAUACCGUAUCCAGAAUGAUGACGCGGAGAGAACCCUUCACGGAACUAGACAUGUCGACUUCACUGAGCUUUUGUGGGAUAUAUUGAAAAAGUGUCCGGACUACAAAGCCUUAGUGGCCGCUCUGAAUAUCGUAUUCGAUGCUCUGAAGCAAUGUCGCAUUAAUGCUAUUUUACACGAAGACAAUAAGUCAUCAAUAGCACGGUUGAUACGCGACGCCCAAUCACAGGACUUGAUGCUUCCUCGGCUAGAAGCGCUGACUCCUAUCCAGAUUCUGCUAGAAAUAGGAUAUGAACGCUUUAAGAGGGAUAUGGUACAAGCGUACGUUACGGCGGGCUUCAUGACAAAUGAUACGGAUCUUGACUUGAAACCGCAGCCGAAUGCUUCACUUGAAGAGAAGGUGCGAGCACUUCUUCCUCUCCAUCUGGCUCUGCAGACGAUGCUUGAGAUGAAGCGCUAUCUAGCACUACCCGAUCACACGUUGAAUAAUCUAACAAGGUUUGUAUUUCAAUAA